GAAAGAACGUCGUAGGCAAGUAAGAGUAGACUUGGCACAAAGUCUACGCAUUCCACUUGACCCAUUUAUAAUUGACCAAUAUUAAGUUCUCUUAGUCUUCGCCAAUCAACAAUGAAUAAUAAUCUCCUCUGAAUCUCAUCUCCUAUCCAAGAAAAAUGAAGUUUCUUCAUUGGUUUCUGCUUCUUUUGAUCAUCUCUUUUACUGUUCUGGGAUCAGUCGAAGCUCAAUCUCAAGCAGGAUUCAUCAGCUUGGAUUGUGGGUUGGUGCCUAAGACCACAACAUAUACUGAGAAGAGUACUAAUAUAACAUACAAAUCAGACACGGAUUAUGUCGACAGUGGAUUGGUCGGGACAAUCAAUGAUGCAUACAAGACUCGGUUUCAGCAACAAACUUGGUCCUUGAGAAGCUUCCCCGAGGGUCAAAGAAACUGUUACAACCUCUUUAACCUCACAGCGAACAGCAAGUAUCUGAUCAAAGCAACCUUUUUGUAUGGGAACUACGACAAACUGAAUCAAUUGCCAAGCUUUGAUCUUCACAUUGGUGCUAACAAAUGGUUGUCUAUCAACAUAACAGGAGUAACAAAUAGUUCGACAUAUGAGAUAUUCCAUGUUGUAACACAAGAUAAUCUUCAAGUUUGUCUUGUUAAGACAGGACCGACCAUACCAUUCAUUUCCUCACUGGAACUUCGUCCAUUGAACAAUAACAGUUAUAACACCCAAAGUGGAUCAUUGAUGUUGUACACCAGAAUAUACUUUCCGUCCAAUCCAUUAUCGUUCAUCAGGUAUGAUGAGGACAUACAUGACCGAGGCUGGAAUGCAUUCACAGAUAAUGAAACCACCUCGAUAAGCACCGACCUCCCAAUCGAUACAAGUAACGCCUACGAUAUGCCUCAAGCAGUGAUGAAGACCGCUGCUAUCCCUGUGAAUGCUAGCAAGACAUGGUACUUAUGGUGGACUCUUGAUGACAUCUCUGCGCAGUCAUAUGUAUAUAUGCAUUUCGCCGAAAUCCAAACACUCAAAGCCAGUGACAUCAGAGAAUUCAACAUUACUUACAACGGUGGCUUACGUUGGUACAGCUACAUGAGGCCUCCUAAGCUCAGCAUUUCAACCAUCUUCAAUCCAAGCGCCGUGAGUUCCUCAGACGGGGUGUUUAAUUUCACUUUCACAAUGACGGGUAACUCAACUCUUCCUCCCCUUAUCAACGCCCUAGAGAUUUACACAGUUGUAGACGUUACACAGCUUGGGACAGAUAAUGAUGAAGUUUCUGCUAUGAUGAGCAUCAAGAAGACAUAUGGUUUAAGCAAGAAGUUAAGUUGGCAAGGAGAUCCAUGUGCUCCUCAGUUGUUUCUGUGGGAAGGUGUGAAUUGCAGUUAUCCGGACUCCGAGCCAUCGCUGAUCACAUCCUUGAACUUGAAGGAAAGCGGAUUGACCGGUACCAUAACAUCUGACAUAUCCAAGCUAGCACAGUUGAAAGAGCUAGAUUUAUCAAGUAAUGAUUUAUCAGGAGAUAUUCCAGCUUUUUUUGCUGAUAUGAAGUUGUUGAAACUCAUAAACUUAAGCGGAAACCCGAAGCUUAAUCUCACAGUUCCAGAAUCCCUUCAGGAAAGGGUAAACAGCAAAUCUUUAACACUAAUUCUGGGCGAUACCCUGAAUCCCACGACUCUUGGAGGAAAAACUAAAAAGGUUCCAGUGCUUGCUAUCGCAGUGCCAGUGGCUGGGGUGUUCGCUCUGGUAGUUAUCUUGGCCAUCUUUUUCAUCGUUAGAAAGAAAAGACCAAGAAGCAAUGCGGCUCCAAGACCUCCAUCAGUCACUACAAGUUUAGGUAAAAGUGAGACAAGACCAUCCAAUCCAUCAAUCAUAACAAAGGACCGCAGGAUCACGUAUCCCGAGGUACUGAGGAUGACUAAUAACUUCCAGAGGGUUCUUGGCAAAGGAGGCUUUGGAACAGUGUAUCAUGGAAACUUGGAUGAUGCCCAAGUAGCUGUGAAAAUGCUCUCUCAUUCAUCAGCUCAAGGCUAUAAAGAAUUCAAGGCAGAGGUGGAGCUUCUCUUAAGAGUUCACCAUAGACAUUUGGUGGGACUUGUGGGGUAUUGUGAUGACGGAGAUAACUUGGCUCUGAUCUAUGAAUACAUGGCAAACGGAGACCUGAGGGAGAAUAUGUCAGGAAAACGCGGAGGCAAUGUACUAACCUGGGAAAACAGAAUGCAAAUAGCUGUAGAGGCAGCACAAGGAUUGGAGUAUCUGCACAAUGGAUGCAGGCCUCCUAUGGUCCAUAGAGAUGUGAAAACGACCAACAUUUUAUUGAAUGAGCGGUCUGGGGCAAAACUAGCUGACUUUGGGCUGUCAAGGUCUUUCCCAAUCGACGGUGAAUGUCAUGUCUCAACAGUGGUUGCGGGUACACCUGGUUACCUAGACCCCGAGUACUACAGAACAAAUUGGCUAAGCGAGAAGAGUGAUGUCUACAGCUUCGGAGUAGUGCUAUUAGAGAUAGUAACAAACCAGCCGGUCAUUGAUAAAACCCGAGAAGGACCUCAUAUCAAUGAAUGGGUUGGGUUCAUGCUCACCAAAGGAGACAUAAGGAGCAUUGUUGACCCCAAGCUGAUGGGAGACUAUGACACAAAUGGUGCGUGGAAGAUUGUAGAGCUGGCUCUAGGUUGUGUGAACCCGUCUUCAAACCAGAGACCAACAAUGGCACAGGUUGUGAUGGAGCUGAACGAGUGUGUCGCCUUGGAAAUUGCAAGGAGACAGGGUAGCCAAGAGAUGUACUCAGUGGGUUCAGUUGACAAUAGUCUCACUUCUGCUUCAGAGUUUGCCCCGGGAGCCAGAUAA